AUGGGAGCAUGCCCACGCAAUUCUUGCAAAACCGACAUCAUUGCUCCAAAGAGAGUCGAGCCAACCGCGGUACAGCUCUUUCCGCCGACAGGAUCCCAUAUACCACCUCCCCAAAAGAAGAUCAAGCCACGUUUAGACUACUUGAAACAUAUUGGCUUUCCCACGUUCAUUCUAGACCCAAAUGAUCUUAUCGAGGACAAACAUUCCUAUAAUGGUGGAGAAAUAAUCCUGCCAUACUACAUUGAAGCUGCUAUUAUGUUGAAUAUUGCUGCAACUAUAUGGAACCGAAUGUUGUUGCACAAGGAUUUGUUUGGGGGACUUGUCAGAAUCUAG